UUUUGGAAAUUUGUAAAUUUAUGAAAUUGGAGGGAGGGAGGAUCGUAAACGGAAUCCGAGAUUGAGCAACAGAGCUCGAGAAGAAUCCAUGGUGGCCAUUUCCCUUUACAGAGGGAACCUCCACAGGGUCUCCGAUGUGCCUCGUCGCUGGCUUAUGCCGAUCCACAACAUUUCUAUUAGAGACUUCAAAUCCCUUCUGCACCGUCGUUCAAAAGCCCUCUCUCGCCUCUUCGCCACCGCCUCUUCUUCUCCGGCUAAAGUUUCUACUUCCCCUAACUCUAAUCCUAAUUCGAAUUCUUCAAUUAAACCAGACGGUGAAGGACUCAGAAAUAAUGUUAAGAAGAGGAAGCAGUCGGACAUUGGCGAUGGUUGUUUGGGAAAAUCAGCCGAAGAAUUUGAUUGUGUGAAUGGCCCGAGACCUUGCUUUGCCGAGCAAGGUUCUGAUCCAGUGGAAAAUGGUGGCGCGCAUUCUAACAAGGAAAAUCAUGCUGUAUUAGAAAACCCUAACAAAGAGGCAAAUGAGGAGGAUUUGUUAGAUGUCGAGGAGAACAGGAAAAAGGAAGUUGAAGAGAAGCUAAAAGUUUUGAAUGAGACAAAACAUAAUCUUGUGCAAGUGUUAAAACAGAUCUUCCAUGUGGAAGAGGAAGUAAAAAGGCGUAGGAGUUUGCAAGGGACAGAAAUUCGCGCUUCUGCUCCUCCUCUUCAACUGGAUGCCUCAGCCGAUACGGGGUCGAUGACCAGACCGCUUGCUCCUAGGGUAGCCACAGAAGUGAAUGCUAAUGGAGAUACUGAAGGUGGAGAAGCUGAUGAUCUUUUGAACCAGAAUGUUCUUUCUCGUCAGAUGCUUCGGAACUGCAGUACGUCGCCUUCUUCAGAGUCUCCUCUUAGAAGGCCUGCCCACAUACAACCUAAUAUGCUUCAGAGUUGUAGGCGAUUCUUUGGUGGGUUGCAUUCUGUGUCAGAGUCUAGAUGUCUACCGAGAAAAAAUGGCUCGCAUCCAUCCCGAACAAAUUUUAGCGUUACUGGGAGUCCGUCGUGUUUACCUCCGGCCGGGCAAUCUGGGCUUCCUCCAAACCUGCCCACACUAUCUGUAUCUGGAACCAACUACAUUGCAUCCUCACAUUCUCCUGCAGCAUCUGGGGGCACUUCAGUUCUCAGAGAUGCUCGGCAGCCUAGCCCUUGGAAUUAGAGGUCGUCUCUGUAAUUCACAUUGAUGAGUUCGUUUUGAUUCUCGACUUCCUGGUUCGGCAGAGCAAAGUGAGUUCUAAGACUAGUUUCAUGAUGUAUAGUCAUUCUCCUGUGAAAAUUAGGUUUGAUGAUCUACCCAGCUGCAAGUUUGCAUUUGGGAUAACUCAUAACAUCGUCCCGCCGAUGUUUUUGUAUUUUUAUCAAGUAUAUCACUCGCAAAACUGUAAGGAUGCUUCACUCCUUCGCUUUUGACUUCUUGAACCUAUUCUAUUGGUAAGGCCCAAACUCACUUA